AUGGUGAAAGUCAAAGUGAUUCACCGAAACCCGGCGGACUACGUCCAGCAGAAGCCUGGGCAGCUUCAGCGCGUCGUGCGGAACUUCGACCCCGAAGUCCACCCCUUUGAACGGGAGCGAGAAUACGCGCGCGCGCUGAACGCCGUGAAGCUGCAGAAGAUGUUUGCGAAGCCGCUGCUCUUCUGCAUGGAAGGCCACAGAGACGGUGUCAAGUGCAUGACGCGCGGAAAGAGCCAAGCGGCGGCGGUGUGGACGGGGAGCUGCAAUGGCGAGGUUGCGGAGUGGAACUUGGGGGCGACGAAAAAGUGUGUGAAGGUCUUCCAAGCCCACGAUGGGUUCGUCAGAGGCCUUUGCAUAUCCCCUAAAGACCAGAGACUCCUGACCGGGGGCGACGACCGGAAGAUCAAGAUUUGGAGUUUGCGGUCGCCUUCCGCGGCGCUCUCCACGCUCGACGUCGCGGCACUCGAGCUCGAGACGUCCUCAGUCUUGCGCCGGGGUCGCGGCCGCAAGAGCGAGCAGGACGAGCCCGAAGAGGACGGCGCCGCAGACGACGACAUCGAGGACGGACAGACGGCACACGCGGUGCCCGCGUUGGUGGCUGAGACGCCGACGGCCGUGUUCACAUCAGAGUCUGUGGUGACGUCCCUAGAUCAUCACUGGACGAAGCCGUUAUUCGUGUCGACCGGCGAAGACGUGUCUGUGUGGGACAUCAACCGCUCCGCGCCUCUCCACAACUUCCAAUGGGGCUGCGACCUUGUCCACAGUGCCCGCUUUAAUCCCGCAGAGCCGUGUCUGAUUGCCGCAACAGGGGCGGACAAUUCUGUCGGUCUUUACGAUCUCAGAGCAAACACUCCAAUUCGCAAAGUUAUGAUGAAGAUGCGCAGCAACGCCGUUUGCUGGAAUCCCAUGAACCCCCCGAAGUUCACGACCGCGAGCGAGGACCAGAAUUUGUAUACAUUUGAUAUGCGAAAGCUCUCAGCGCCUCUGAUGAUCCACCGAGACUUCGUCAAUGCAGUCCUGGAUGUGGAUUACUCCCCGACCGGCCAGGAAUUCGUUGCUGCUUCAUUUGACGGCACAAUCAGAAUGUUUAAGGUUGACGAAGCUCGAAGUCGCGAUGUCUACCAUACGCGUCGCAUGCAAAGUGUGCUAUGUUGCAGAUAUUCUGCGGACUCUCGAUUUGUUAUUUCGGGGUCUGCGGAUAUGUGCGUUCGCGUAUGGAAGACGGAUGCCUCGGCGCAGCUGGGGCCGCGAACACAUCGCGAGCGGCAAGCGAUGGCGUACCGAAAGACUCUGACAGAGAAGUUCUCGCACCUAAAAGAGAUUAAACGGAUUGCCAGACACCACCACGUGCCUAAACUGAUCAAGAAAACGCAAGAGAAGAAACGCGAGAUGACUGACGCGCGCCGGCGAAGAGAGGAGAAUCGGCGGAAGCACUCGAAGCCUGGAAGUGUUCCAUUCGUGUCAGUCAAGAAAGCGGCCGUCUAUAGGGAGAUUGAAUGA